GGGACGGCUGCGCCAUGACGGCCGAGAGCGGGCCGCCGCCGCCGCCGCCGCAGCCGGAGGCGCUGGCGGCCGUGAAGGAGGAGCGCGGUGAGGCGGGGGCCGGCGGGGUACCAGCGGAGGCCGUGGGUCGCGGCGCCGGUGGGCGGCGGCGGAAGCGCCCCCUGCAGCGGGGCAAGCCGCCCUACAGCUACAUCGCGCUCAUUGCCAUGGCCAUAGCGCACGCGCCGGAGCGCCGCCUCACUCUGGGCGGCAUCUAUAAGUUCAUCACCGAGCGUUUCCCCUUUUACCGCGACAACCCCAAAAAGUGGCAGAACAGCAUCCGCCACAACCUCACACUCAACGACUGCUUCCUCAAGAUCCCGCGCGAGGCCGGCCGCCCGGGCAAGGGCAACUACUGGGCGCUCGAUCCCAACGCCGAGGACAUGUUCGAGAGCGGCAGCUUCCUGCGCCGCCGCAAGCGUUUCAAACGCUCUGACCUGUCCACUUACCCGGCUUACAUGCACGACGCGGCGGCCGCCGCCGCUGCCGCUGCAGCCGCCGCCGCUGCCGCCAUCUUCCCGGGUGGGGUGCCCGCUGCGCGCCCUCCUUACCCUGGCGCGGUCUAUGCAGGCUAUGCCGCACCGUCGCUCGCCCCGCCGCCCCCGGUCUACUACCCGGCUGCUUCGCCAGGCCCGUGCCGCGUCUUCGGCCUGGUGCCUGAGCGGCCGCUCAGCCCAGAACUGGGCCCCGCGCCAUCGGGGCCCGCCGGUUCCUGCUCCUUUGCCUCGGCCGGCGGCUCUGCCGCUAGCACAGCUUACCAGCCGGCCGGCUGCGCCGGUGCCCGACCCGCCAACACUUCCGCCUAUGCGGCCGCGUACGCUGGCCCCGACGGCACGUACUCGCAAGGGGCCGGCGGGGCCCUCUUCGCAGCGACUGGCCGGUUGGCCGGGCCCGCUUCGCCCCCCGCGGGUGGCAGCAGCGGCGGCAUCGAGACUGCGGUGGACUUCUAUGGGCGCACAUCGCCCGGCCAGUUCGGAGCUCUGGGGCCCUGCUACAAUCCUGGUGGGCAGCUCGGAGCGGGCAGUGGAGGCGCCUACCACGCUCGCCACGCGGCUGCCUAUCCAAGCGCAGUGGAUCGGUUCGUGUCCGCCAUGUGAGCGGAGCAUACAGGCGAAAAUUCAUAGAUACCUCGACUGUCCUUACGAACUAAGUAUCGACGAAACCUGAGGACAGGACUGGACAGAGGGCCGAAUUGAGAGCCACGUGGCAGGGACCGAGCCGGCGUGACGGGCGCAGACUCCCGGUGCACCGCGUACACCGGGCGCCUACCGGGCGGCUUUGAAAAUGGGAGGUGGGGAGAAGCGUCCGAGGCCCAUGGACUGGGACAAUAGACCCUCAUAGAGGCGCAGCUCCAAAGGUCUUGCCUUGGACAUUCUAACCGGGGAGGGCCCUUAGCUCUAAAGGGGGCACAAGGUAGCGUCUACUCCAGAGUCUAGAGGAAUGGUGGAGAAUCACAUGAUUUCACUCUUCCCUGUACUUUUCAAAACUCUUUUUACACAGUUCGACCUCUUGUGCCUUUGACUAUCUUACUACAAUAAAAGACUCCUAUAGCGUCUUCCUACAUAAGGUGAGGAGGACAAAUUUGCAAAAGAAGUAACUUUUUUAAAAAAUGGGAAAGAUCUCUGUUUAGCUUGACCGAGGCCUGCUUUUCCCAGCCUCUGAGAACUGCAAACCUGGCUCUGAAUCCGGACUGUGCUGGGUUGCCACAGUGUGACCCAUUUCCAUCACUCACACCCUGCAGUGUUCCCAUGUGAUAUACAAGAGAGCUGUAGAAUCCAACCGUGCCCCAUAUGAUCUUUAAGGGCCCAUCAGGGUUGCUGCCGCCCUGCAUAUUUGGCAGCAUGGAUGGGCCACCCAAGGCCUAACCUUACUCCAGGGAAUGGGAACAGAGCUCAUGGCAAGCAACUCUGGAUUAGCUCCAGGCCCCGAUUAUGUCAUAAUUUCAGCAUGAUGUGCUGAUCAUUCAGCAGCUAUUACUGCUGGGUCAUAAAUGUGGUUUUCCAAUGAGGCAGGUAGAAAUACAUUUGUCUAUUGCCCACUCUUUCUUUUCAUUAAGCCCUGGACCCAAUGGGUGAGUUAAAAGUCAAAGAGAUGACAAAACUCUCUUGAGUCUCUUGGUGAGGGCUUUCAUUUUGCGGGCUGGCCCUUCCAUCCCUGGCACCUUUUCAUGCAAAAAAGAAAGAAAAACUGGGGCAGUCAGUUAGGCAGGCUUAGAAAGAAACUGGUAUUUAACUUUGUUUCCAUUUAUUUCUUUUAAGCUACAAGAUGACCAAGAUCAGAAAAAAAAUAAUAAAUCCAACCAUUUCCCCACCUUUCUCAGGAGAUAUCUUGUAAGUUUUGAUUCUGGAGCAAAACUUUCAAGCAUUAAAUAUUUCAGAGGCUCGUUGUGCAGUUGCAGAUAAACUUGAGUGUUCAUAUGAACUGUUUCUAAUAAAGAUCUUUGAGGUGAGUUCUGGCAAGAGAAAGGCAGCCUCUUUCUGUGUAAUUAAUUUACUAGGGAAGAGUUGGGGAGUGUGGGAAAGAAGACUGAAAACCAUUGGUAAUUUUUAAUUUCAUGGAUUGCUCUAUCCUGUUCACAAAGACAUGUGAAUGUGAUUCAGUCCAGACGGGUAUCUGUCUAAAAAGUGCUGCCCAAUAGAAAUAUCAUGCAAGCUGCCCAUGUAACUAAGAUCUUUCUGGUAGCUGCAUUUAUUUUAAAAACAAGUGAAAUAGUGAGAUUAAUAAUAUACUGUAUUUAACACAAUUUAUCCAAACUAUCAUUUCAAGGUAUAAUCAGUGUAAAAAUUGUUGAGGUAGUUUAUGUUUUUCAUACUAAGUCUUCAAAAUGUGGAGUGUAUUUUACACUUACAGCUCAAGUUUGGACUAACCACAAGCCAAGUGCUCAAUAGCAGUGUGUGGUUGAUGGCUACGGUGUUAGCAGGAGUCGAGACACUGGUCCUUCCUAACUCUGACGGUGGUAAUGGGCCACCUGGAGGCAGGGAGCAGCUGCAGCACUGAUCCUACGACCAGUAGGUCCCGAUUUCAGACCUAGCCCUGUGAGCUUGGAAAUGCCUAGGUGUUAGGCCUCCCUUAUCUCCCUAUGGAUCCUUGCAGGUUGAAAUUCAAAGGUUCUCCUGUGCAGCUAGACAGUCUGGCUCUCCCAGGCAGAAAUCAGGAUGCCUUGCCUAGCUGGCUGCUGCUGCUAAGUCUCUUCAGUCGUGUCCGACUCUGUGCGACCCCAUAGACGGCAGCCCAUCAGACUCCCCGUCCCUGGGAUUCUCCAGGCCAAGAAUACUGGAGUGGGUUGCCAUUUCCUUAGCUGGCAGUAGUCAGAAAUUGAAAGGCUUCCACCCCAGGGUCUUGUCCUUGGCUGCCGAAAGCCCAGCUAGGGGAUUAGGGCUGGAAAAGGGCAGUCUAUGCGCCCGGUUAAUGCGGUGGUUGACCCUUUCUCUGUGUUUUAUUUAGCAAGUCCAAUGCUUUGACAGCGCCAUUAACCAGUCCCUUCUCUAGGGGCCUCAUUUGUGAGUAGGAAUUUGUGACCCCUCGCUCAGAGUCCUCCUAAAGUUAAACGAAUCAAGAGAGGUAGAUACGCUGUAAACUGUAAAGCGCUUGGCACACGAGGGAAGAAGGGCUUUACAAUUAAAAAGCGCCGGCUUAUCCCGAAGCCUCCUGGAGCGUCGAGGUAAAACCCGGGUGAACGAGAAAGAUGGAGAGGCAAAGUGCACGCGUCUUCACUCCCAACUCUCUCUGGAAACUGGGACGACAGGUGAUAUGGCGCCAAAAGCCAGAGUAUGUGACGGGAGAGGGGACGCUGCGAGUUGGGAACUGGGUGCGCACAGCGAGAGCCCGGAAAGACAGCGGGACUCUCGAGGUUUUGGAGAACGUCGGCGCUUUUCGGCCUCCUGCCUGCCGGCGGCACCCAAAGCUCGCGGGCCACCCGGGCCCUUCAACCACAGACGGGCCGAGCCGAGUCUACCCUCCACGCGGCCGAGCCGUCCGCGCGAUUCUAGGACCUUGAGAGCAUUCAUUGCUGCGUCGAGCGACAGUCCAACUCUCCGAACGCCCAAACCGCCAAACAGGACCUCUCCAUCUAGGGGCUCAGAGUCGGGAGGUGCGUUUCUUUGUUCUUCUUCCUAUCUUGAAACCAAAAAAAUUGUGUGCCCCUCUCUGGGCCCUGCACCCCCAGCGUCGUGUGCACAACCCCCCGGGCUGUGGGUAAUUAGAUGCGUUCUUCUCUAAUUUCCCAAGGCUCGUUAGAAUUCGCCCCAGAGCUGUAACAUUUAUUUUCUUUCAAAUUAACUUUGCUUGCAAUUAAGUUUAAGAAACCAGCAACAAAAGCAGUCUUGGCCCGAGGUCGUUUACUACGAAAACGGAUUAAGGAAUCUUCCCCGAUUUAAGGGGAAAGAUUCCUGCAGCGCUAGGGGAAGCGUUCCCACAGCAGAGGCCAAGGGGGAGUAGGAAGCUGCUUUCGGCGGCUGUGGAUGGUGACGGCAUCGGCUUCCUCAACUCGACGACCCGUGCGCCUGAAAGAGUAAGGGUAACCUCGCUGAAAUGAACUCGUGAGCGUUUGGGCUGAAUUCCACAGUCAUGACAUGAAGCUGCUGUACACAGUUAUAGUUUAUCCAGAACACUCAUAAACAUAAUCUCAUUUACUAAGAACUUUGUGAGAAUGUUUUCAUUAAAAUUACAUUUUUAUUACAAAA